AUGAUCAAAUCAAAUCGCUUUCUCUGGUCUCGUCGCUGUCGGGUCUCUUCUCCUCAGCAGGCGAGAUGUUUCAUCACUCAAACGCAUCAACAGCCAUCCACGUCGGCUCCGACUCCGACCCACUUCGGCGAGGAGAGUCCCAACACUGAGCGAGCUCUCAUCUCAGCUCUCGGAUCAUGUGCCACCAACAAAGACGUCACUUACGGCCGACAAAUCCAUUGCCGAGUCUUGAAAUCCGGUUACGACUCCAACGGGUUCAUCUGCAACAGCGUCCUCAACAUGUACGCUAAAUGCCGUGUCUUGUCCGAAGCUGAAUCUGUGUUCCAGUCCCACGCGAAGAUUGACUCUGCUUCGUUUAAUAUCAUGAUCGAUGGGUAUGUUCGAUCUCGUCGACUCGGGGACGCGCUGAAGCUGUUCGACGUAAUGCCUGAGAGAAGCUGCGUCUCGUUCACUACUUUGAUUAAAGGGUACGCGCAAAACGAUCGGUGGAGUGAAGCGAUGGAGCUUUUCAGAGAGAUGAGAAGUUAUGGAGUUGUGCUAAACGAAGUGACGUUAGCUACUGUUGUAUCCGCUUGUUCGCAUUUGGGUGGGGUUUGGGAUUGCAGGAUGUUGCAUAGCUUAGCAAUUAGGUUGAACUUUGAUGGUAGAGUCUUUGUUUCGACGAAUUUGCUGCAUAUGUACUGUGUCUGCUCGUGUUUGGAGGAUGCUCGGAAGCUGUUCGAUGGAAUGCCUGAGAGAAAUUUAGUCACUUGGAACGUGAUGUUAAACGGGUACUCGAAAGCUGGACUUGUGGAACAGGCUAAGGAGCUGUUUGAUCAGAUUAGUGAGAAAGAUAUUGUGUCGUGGGGUACGAUGAUUGAUGGGUGUCUUCGAAAGAAUCAGCUUGAGGAAGCUCUUGUUUUCUACAAGGAGAUGCUGCGACGUGGAAUGAAACCUAGUGAGGUCAUGAUGGUGGACCUUCUUUCCGCUUCAGCUCGAUCAUCAGGGAGUUUCAACGGUUUGCAGCUUCACUGCACCAUAGUGAAGACCGGUUUGGAUUGUUAUGAUUUCAUACAAGCAACGAUCAUACAUUUCUACGCCGUCUCUAGUAACAUGAAACUCGCUCUUCGACAGUUUGAAGCGAGCGUAAAAGACCACAUUGCGUCGAGAAACGCGUUGAUUGCAGGGUUUGUGAAGAACGGAAUGGUUGAGGAGGCAAGGGAAGUGUUUGAUCAGACUCGAGAGAAAGAUAUCUUCUCAUGGAACGCUAUGAUAUCAGGUUACGCGCAGAGCCUUUCUCCUCAUUUAGCUCUACAUCUCUUUAACGAAAUGAUCAGUAGUAGCCGAUUAAAACCAGAUGCAAUCACAAUGGUGAGUGUUUUCUCCGCAAUUUCGUCGCUAGGAUCGUUGGAAGAAGGGAUCAGAGCGCACGAGUAUCUAAACCGCAGCUCAAUCCCUCCCAACGACAAUCUAACCGCUGCUGUGAUCGACAUGUACGCUAAAUGUGGAAGCAUCGAAACCGCUCUAAACGUUUUCCGCCAAACAAAGAACAUAUAUUCCUCAUCAAUCUCUCCCUGGAACGCUAUCAUCUGCGGUUCAGCGACGCAUGGCCAUGCGAAACUAGCGCUUGAUCUCUACUCCGAACUCCAAUCUCUCCCCAUAAAACCGAACAGCAUCACUUUUGUCGGUGUCUUGAGCGCAUGCUGCCACGCGGGGCUUGUGGAGUUAGGUAAAACGUAUUUCGACAGCAUGAAGGAAGUUCACGGGAUUGAGCCAGACAUCAAGCAUUAUGGAUGUAUGGUUGAUUUGUUGGGGAAAGCGGGAAGGUUGGAAGAGGCUAUAGAUAUGAUCAAGAAGAUGCCUGUGAAGGCUGAUGUGAUCAUAUGGGGGAUCUUGUUAUCGGCUUCACGGAUUCACCGGAACGUUGAGGUGGCUGAGAUGGCGGCUGCUGAGCUGGCGGCGAUCGAGCCAUCUCAUGAAGGGUGUAAAGUUUUGCUUUCGAAUGUUUAUGCAGACGCGGGGAGAUGGGAAGAUGUUGCUUUGGUCAGAGAGGAGAUGCGAACUAGUGAUGUUGAGUGGUCACGUGCCUUCAGUGGUGUUGCGUGAUCGAUUGUUUUUACAUUUUUAGGCUUUUAGUGGGCUUAUUAUUGUAUGGGCCUCAGUAAAAACAAGAGAAUAAGUAGCGCGUGAAUUCCACUGGAAGAUGAGUUAGAUAACGCGUUUGAACUUUGGUCAGCUUGUGUUUCUGUGGGUCCAUCCUAAGCUGAGCUGGCUCUUUACUGUCCGAACGAAAUCGCGUGUGGAAGUUUUUUUCUCUUCA